AUGAGUUUCCACGACUCGAGUCUAAGCUCAUCGUGUAACGAGUCUGCUGCUUCAAAUUUAACUUGUCAUAAUUAUUUCGUAACUUUUUACGAUGUGAACAGUAAGGAAUACAUCAAUGACACUGGAAAUUAUACGGAGGAGUACCAGCCAUUCGCACUUCCUUUAUGGCGUCAUGUGCUAUGGACGAUGUUGUUUAGUAUCAUGGUUGUGGUGGCUUCCGUGGGAAAUUUUGUCGUCAUUUGGAUAGUCAUUGUAAAUAAGCGGAUGAGGAGCGUCACUAAUUAUUUAUUGGUAAAUCUGUCACUGGCUGAUGCUAUGAUUUCUACACUAAAUGUUACUUUCAACUUUACUUACAUGUUGAAUUUAAAUUGGCCUUUUGGACAUUUUUAUUGCAAGUUCAACCAAUUUAUUGCAGUAGUCAGUAUAUCUGCUUCAGUAUUCACAUUGAUGGCUAUCAGUGUAGACAGGUACAUGGCCAUAGUAAAUCCUUUACGCCCAAGAUUCGGUAAGAGAGCAACACUUAGCAUAACUGCUGCUAUAUGGACCAGUGGUUGCAUUAUUGGAAUACCGAACUUUUUAUUUUUUACUACAGAUUUUGAUAUCAUGGAGGAUGGAAGCGUGAGGCAAGUAUGUUUUUCUGAAUGGCCCGACGGAAUAACCACUAGAUCUGAAAUAGAAUAUAUCUAUAACGUGAUGUUUAUGAUGAUAACGUAUUUCAUACCUAUUAUUUCUAUGACUUAUACGUACUCUAGAAUUGGUACAGAGUUGUGGGGUUCAAAGUCUAUUGGAGAAAGUACUCAACGUCAAGUGGAUAACGUAAAAGGCAAACGUCGGGUGGUGAAGAUGAUGAUUGUAAUCGUUGUAAUAUUUGGCGUGUGCUGGCUACCUUUUCACGUUUACUUCAUCGUUACGUCAAAUUAUCCUGAAGUCACGAAAUACCCCCCAAUCCAAGAAAUAUAUUUAGCUAUUUACUGGUUAGCAAUGAGCAAUUCAAUGAUUAACCCAAUUAUUCUGUACUGGAUGAAUUUUAAGUUUCGACGUGGAUUUAAACAAUUCUUAAGAUGUUGUUGCGCGUUUGCGAAUAAAGAUACGCAAGGGCAUGGGAUAUUUGAAUUACAACAAUUGGAUCGAUCGCUACAUUCCCGUUCACCUACGCAAAAGAAUGGAACUAGUACUGUUUCCGUUUCAAUACAAAGCGUUUAUAAUAACAUUACUGAAUGA